AUGAAGGUUUUCUUUUUGUCCCUGGCCGUGCUCAUGGUGCAGAGUGCCCACAAGGACUUAGUUCACUUCAAUUACGACCCUAAUGAUGAGAAUAAUGGACCUGGUCACUGGGGAGCUAGUUGCGGCAGUAAGGUCCGGCAGUCUCCUGUCAACAUCCGCAGAGCGGAAGUGCAGUUCGGACAGAGCUUCUCUCUAGAGUACAACCAUGAUGUUCAUCCUGUGGACGGAUUGCUCAUGAACAACGGUCACUCGGCGUCCUUCCAACUGGACGACUCGUCGUGUGUUUUGAAGGUCACCGGCACACCAGGAAUUGGGAACCAGACGUUUGAAUUGAGCUCUUUUCACUUCCACUUCGGACCAAGUAACAAUGUCGGGAGUGAGCAUCGCAUGAACGGCAGGGCUUUUCCGGCCGAGAUACAUUUUGUCCAUGUCAACACAAAGUAUAGUUCUCUGGGCGAGGCGUUGACCCACCCCGAUGGGCUGGCUGUAAUUGGUGUCUUCCUUAGGCUCGGCCAACGAAGAAAUAAGGAGUUGUCCAAAGUGAUAAACAAGAUGGAGAGUAUCGAAACAAAAGAAUCCAAAGUUCCGUUGAGUGUGGCAUUUGCCAAGUUGAUGCCGCCCUUGACUAAGGUGUAUUCCUACGCCGGCUCACUGACAACUCCUCCGUGCAGCGAAGUAGUGCAGUGGUUUAUCUGCAAACAGCGCAUGGUCAUCACGGAAAGUCAGUUGGCCCAGCUGCGCAUGCUCAAAUCAGGCGAUCAGUCAUCGGAUUUCAUGUCGAAGUUCGGGAAUUUUCGGCCAAUCCAACCGAAUCAAGGGAGGCAAGUGAUGGCGAAUUUCGGGACAAAUCAAGGGUAG